GAGGCGGGGGAGCGGCAGCCGGGCCGGAAGUGACGGCGCAGCGGUGACGCAGUUUUCCCGCGGUUUGGGCGGCGGGCAGGGGAGCGGUAGCCGGCGGCCCGUCGUUACUGCCGCCCGCGGCGGGCGCUUGAACGGCGGGGCCCGACGGCCGCGGGCCGCCAUGCCGCCCAAGUCCCCCCGCAGGGCGGGCGCCGCCAGGAGCCAGCGCGCCAGCCCCGACGGCGGCUCCGCGCCGCCCGCCGCCCCCCGGCUGGAGGUCGGCGAGGCGGACUUCGUCGCGCUCUGCGAUGCGCUGAAGGUGUCGGAGGGCGCGAGGGAGAAGGCGUGGCGGACCUACGAGAGCCUGUCGGCUGCGGACGGCGCCCCGGCUUAUAACAAAAAGAAAAAGGAAACAUGGGGAGUCUGUAUCUUUAUUGUAGCAAUUGACCUGGAUGAAAUGACAUUCACUUUCACAGAGCUUUUGAAAAGUAUAAGCAUAAGUGUAUGCACGUUUUUUCAGUUUCUGAAAGAGGUGGAUGUUAACAUGGAUACUGUAAGCACUAAAGUUGAUAGCACUGUAUCAAGGCUGAAAAAGAAAUAUGAUGUAUUACUUGCACUAUACCACAAGUUUGAAAGGACUUGUGGCCUUAUUUAUUUGGAACAACCUAGUAGUGAGAUUUCGGCUGAACUCAGUUCGGUAUUAGUCCUAAAAAAUUACUGGAUUACUUUUUUGCUGGCAAAAGGUAAAGUGUUGCAAGUGGAAGAUGACCUGGUGAUUUCUUUCCAGUUGUUGCUGUGUGUCUUAGAUUAUUUUAUCAAACUGUCACCUCCUGCUAUGCUCAAGGAACCAUACAAGUCUGCUGUGACUGCAGUGACUGUUAAUGGUUCAGCUCGAACUCCAAGAAGAGGUCAGAACAGGAGUACACGGACUUCAAAGCAAAUUGAUACCGAUACAAAAGUUAUUGAAGUCCUUUGUAAAGAGCAUGAUUGCAAUUUAGAUGAGGUCAAAAACGUGUAUUUCACAAGCUUUAUUCCUUUCUUGAAUUCUGUGGGUAUUGUAGCUGCAAAUGGACUACCAGAGGUUGAGGUUAUCUCAAAACAAUAUAACGAGCUGUAUCUCAAAAACAAAGACAUAGAUGCAAGAUUAUUUCUGGAUCACGAUGAAACUCUACAGCCUGAUGUCAUAGCAUGCUCACAGUUGGAGAGGACACCACUAAAAAACAAUCCAGAUGAGGAACUUAAUCUUAUACUUCCACAGACUCCUGUUCGAGCUGCAAUGAAUAACAUUCAACAAUUGAUUAUGAUUUUAAACUCAGCAACUGAUAAACCAUCGGAUACUCUCAUCAUGUACUUCAAUAAUUGCACAGUGAAUCCUAAGGAUAGUGUCCUCAAAAGAGUGGAAAGUCUUGACCGCAUUUUCAAAAAGAAAUUUGCUGAAGCAGUUGGACAGGGAUGUGCUGAAAUUGGCUCACAGAGGUACAAGCUUGGAGUACGUCUGUAUUACAGAGUAAUGGAGUCUAUGCUAAAGUCGGAGGAAGAGCGCCUUUCAGUGCAGAAUUUCAGCAAACUUCUGAAUGAUAACAUCUUCCACACAUCUCUUCUGGCGUGUGCUGUUGAGGUUGUCAUGGCGACAUAUGGUAGAAAUGCUUCACAAAGUGAUGGUACCAGUGCUGAAACAGACUUGUCUUUCCCGUGGAUACUCGAUGUAUUUGAUUUAAAAGCUUUUGACUUCUACAAGGUGAUUGAAAGCUUUAUUAGAGCGGAGCCAAGCCUAACAAGGGAAAUGAUAAAGCAUCUAGAACACUGUGAACAUCGAAUUAUGGAGUCGCUUGCGUGGCAAUCUAGGUCUCGUACUGUUACCAGCAUGGCUACAGAAGCUGAGGAUGUGUCAUGAUCUCUCUGGCCAUGGAUGUACAGCUGUAAAUGGGGAUCUGGAUUUUAGAGCUUGUGCUCAGUGGAGCUUCCAGCUUUGUUGGUGCAGUGUGAAGAUAUCGUGCCUGUGUCUACAUUGGUCCCAAGUACAAAGUUAGCCACAGAAAUAAGACUUGUUUAACGUGAUAUACUUUUUUUUUAGUCCUUUUUUUCUUAAGUUUGCCCUAAUUAUUAGUAACAUUUUAACAAAACCCAGUGAAAUAGUGUUUUGUGAAUGCCUGGUUUUCAGGUUUUUGUUAUAUUGUCCAAUGUUUUGUUGGUCAUACCACAGUGGGAUGGGAUUAUGCUCUCUUAAGUUUGCAGUUUUUUAAAUCAUUGUAGUGAAGCAAAACUGGUGAAAUUACUAGAAUGGAGUUUUGUUUUGUUUUGUUUGGAGUUAGUUUUGAUCUUGCUUAUUUUGUCUGAGCCACAGUCCCAAAUAACUGUCGUAAGCUUUUAUUGCUCUUUCUAUCCUUAUUGCUGUGUUAUUUGACCCAUUCUGUAGUUAAGUUUUCUGUGGAAGAAGGAAUUGGCUUCUGUUAGGAAGCAAAGUAGGUGCCAAACAAAUAGUCUAAUGUGGAGGUUUUUUUGCAGAUACAUGCUCAGUUUUCAAGCUCUUAAGGGUUUAACAGUAUCUUGUCAAACUCAAAACUGCCAAAUUAUAUGUCCUUGGCAGUGGGUUUUUGUCUCUCUGCUCCAUUUUCUCUGAGUUACUGCAUGCAUAAAUGCAUGGGGUUUGGUUUGGUUUGGUUUCUUACUAUUUUUUUUUGUAGCCUAAAUAAGUGCUUUUGUGCCUGCUUUUAUACUGUAUAAAUGUACAGUAUUUCAGUUAUAUGUUCGUAUCACUGAAUAAAUGUCUUACUCCGGUAAUAAAAAGUCCUUGUCAGGGAUGAGAAUCUUCCUGUUUACAACUGUUGAGUAGCCAUAGUGUUCACAAUCCUCCAGAAAGUGAAUCCCUCUAGGUUUUGUUGAAGCUCUUCCUUUGGGUUGGGUUUGCUUGUCAGAAUGGGUUAGAUGCAGACAGGUAGGUGCCUGUGGUACGGCUGAGUGCUGUGCCACUAACGCCUGGAUCUGUGUGCAUCGUGUUCACCUCAACCCCUGAGCAGAGACUUUGGGGCCACCCAGUUAGUCUGAACUUGGCUUAGUUAAGUACCUGAACUGUCAUCGCCCUGUCCUUCCCAUUUGGGAGUUAGCCUGCCCAGAACAGAGCCUGUGCUUGGCAUGCUCUGUCUGUGCCUGUUGCACCUUCCAGCAGCUUAGAGGAACUCACAGAUCUUGUCUGCUAGUUGGGAGUGGUUUUGUUUUGGUUUGGUUUUUUUUGCACUUACCCACCCACAGGAGCAUGUGAAACACAAUGUGAGUGUGCAGUAUAUAUGGGAAGGUUUCUUUCACACCUAAGAAGUGUUAAAAAACUUUAGUAAGGGAGUAGACAAAGAGGUUUGGUUUUUUUUUAUUUUUUUGAAAGGUGUUUUUGUUGGGGCUGAAAAGGCAGAUAUUUCAGUACUUGCUAUACCAUCCGUAUUCUCAGUUUCAUGUGUUGCUAUAUACUUAACAAAUUUCUCCAUUAAGAAAUACCUGCAACGCUGUGGGUAGUUUUUGCAUUACUUCAUAAAAGCAUCAGUUUUAUUCUAGAUACUUUCAACUUUAGUCAAGUGUAGUUCUUGUUGCUGUGAUGAAUAGUAAAUUUUUUGCAAUGCAGUAUUGCUUCUUAGUGGCCAGGAGCAUCUUCAGUUUUUAUUACAUUAAUAUCUGCUUUUAGAAAGUACUUACCAGGAUGAACUUCCAAAAAUUAGUAGAUCUAAUGUUGCAUAAUUUUACAGAAGGGUGAAGACUUGCAACUAAUGUGUACAAUUGACUUCCUUUCAUAAAGCAGCAAUUUUUGCAGAAUUCAUUUGAAAAGCAGAAGAGUUUUCAUGCGAGAUAAGCUUGAUAAUAUUCCCAAGAUAACAGCAUUAAUCUUGCAUACCUCCUAUUACUAGCAUUGUUAUUUAAGAUUAAGGCAGCAAUUCAGUGUUUGAAAAAAGGGGGGUUAGGGCAAAUCUUAAAGCUAUGUGUGCGGAAAAGUGUUCUUUUAUCUCUUCAGGAAAAGACAGGAACUUCUUGUUAGAGGCUGGCCUUUGCUUGUGCUUAAACUGUAGAAAACUUACCCCUUCUUAGUGCAGGACAGCUUUUAGUUUUGUUAUAACUGGAGUGAACAAGACUGCUUGUUAAAUUAGGAAUAAUAAUUUAAAAUCCAAAUGCUUAGUUCUGGAAUUUUUAGUUUUCCAACAGUGUGGUAAGACCAGAUUAUAUGUGCAGUGUUCUUUUCAUUUGUUUUAAUUUUGUGGUAAGUUCAGUUUUCUUACAGGAAAAACUGGGCUUACUUUUUAAGUAGUUGUGUAACAGGAACUGGAUGGGGGGGAGGUGAAAAAUGUGAAAGGCUUCAGUGUCAAAGCAGGAUUAGAACAGACUUCUCCAUCCAGCUUCUUGCAGAAGUAUUAGACUGUGCAAGUAUAUCUUUCUGAAUUUGCAUUCAUUUUAAAUGAGCUCUACUGAAUAUGUUUGAAAAUGUGCUAAUUCAGUGUUUGUCAAUUGCAUUUAUACAAUGUUUUUCAGCACUCUGAUAAUCGGAUAACAAAUGCAGCCCAGACAUUUGCAACUUCUAGAUGUAGAAUUUUUCUUGUUUGCAUUUUGUCUUAGCUCUUGAAAUGUAUCCUCUUUCAUUUGUCAGUGAUGCUCAAGUACCAGUAACCCUGAGGUAUAAAUGGUAAUGGUCUAGCAACAAAGGGAACUUGUCAGGAUUUACGAGUCUACCCAGGUACAAGAACCUUACAGUAUUACAUUUACUGCUGGAAAAAUAUGAAAAAUCACUCUUCAUUGAUAAAACUCUUAGAAAAUAAAAGAAUAAGUAAUUCUAGAGGAUACUAUGCUCAAGUAGAAUUUUCAAAGUUACCAAUCUCAAAGUGAACCUUGCUGGGUUUGUUGCAAUUUUAGCUGAAUUCUUUAUGUAAUUCUGAAAAUGUCAUCUUUGGCAAAGAUGCUGGUUGAAAUUACAAAUUAAAAUCACUUUCUCAUUGGCAAGGGGUGGUGGAAGACACUAUAAUCAUGAGUGAUAUGGAAAGGCUGAGUGUCAAUCAAGUGUUACUUGCCUCUUCCAAAAGAAAUGAAGAUGGAGCAAUGAAACUAGUGGAUUUGAAACAGGAGGUUUUGUUUUAUUUUUUUAGUUUUGCUUCCCACACACACACAUGCAAUGUGAACUUUUUACUGCAGAGUACUGUGGAUGUUAAAAAGUUUACGUGCAUUCAAAGGGAGACGGGACAAGCUCACAGAAGAAAAAUUUUAGUGUUGCCGAAAUCACACACACAUCUGACAAAGAAAGUCCUGAGAUACAGCUGAAGUGGGACAGCACUUGGACAGGAGAAAGCCCUGUAUGCUCUCCUGCUGUUAUCUUCUUCCCCAGGCAUCCAGCCUUGGCCACUGUUGGAGGCAGGAUUGUAGAUUAGGUGAAUGUUUGGAAUCUGAUCCAGUAAAACCAUUCAUAUCUUUUACCUGAUCUUGGGAGCUCUCUUUCAGUCUUUGCAUUCCUAUGACUGAGGUUACUUUCUUAAGAAAUUGAAGUUUGGAGGCCGAUUUCAGUUAAGGGUUUCACCUGCCUGAAGUGCAAUUCAAACCUGUGUGGUUUUUUUUAAGCACUUUUAGAUGAAAAAUAUAAAAGAUAUAUUUGACCUAGUAUUGGUAUUUCUUUAAAUGUCAAGUCAUGUAUACUGAAUGAAACAAACUUUGACUUGCGUUCUGUUCCUGAGAAAGCCAGAAAUUAAAAUUUCAAGUCGAACAUAAAAACUAUAAAACGGGAAAUCUUUUGCUUUUAAAGUAAUGGUAUGUUGAGGUAAAUCAGAGAUGGUGAUAGAAAGUUUGUUUCUUUUUCCUUGUCUUUUGAAAGUGCUGGUUAAUUAUGUAGUUAUCAAUGGCUGCCUAUCCUGCUUUAGAUGAGAAAAAUGCUUAGAAUCAACUACAUUUCCACUGCUUUUAUUUUUAUGGUAAGUGUACAGUAUCUGCACUCUGUAGAUGAAGAAACCAGAUUACAAAGAACAAAUUCGUAACUAAAACUGAACUCCUAACCCCCUCUGCAUAGGCAUAUGAGUAAAAAUAAUGUACUUUUAGGGAAGUACUGGAUGCAACAAUUCACAGGCUCAGGAGCUCUGAUAAUAUAAGCCUUUUUUAUUUGAGAUGCCUGGACACGACUUAGGAGCAUAUCCCCUCAUCUAAAUUUAAAUGUUGGCAUAAGCUCGUACCAGAGAGACAGAAGAGUUGAUACUAACGGCAGGAGCAGAGCGAAAGGAGUGCAACUGUUCAGGAAUGUUCCAGUGAAAGCAUUGCUUCAUCCACAGCUCUCCAGGAUAAUCCUGCUGCAGAACCAGAAAAGGUGGAGAAAACCUUGUCCAGUCC